AGAUCGCAAUGAUGGCGUUCAGAGAGCUGUCAUCGCUGGAAAAAUCUUUAGGAUUGAAAAAGCCUAACAAAUACAGUACUCAGGGGGACAAGAAGGUACCUGUGCUCCACAGUAAUAAUGGCCCAGCUCUGGUCGGCUUGGUGACCAUCGCCACUCACCUGGUCCAAGAGGCCAAACGGCCCGAGUUACUGGGUGGGUCUGCAGAACACAAGGCUUUAGUGCAGCAGUGGCUGGAGUACAGGCUCACCAAAGUGGAUGGAUGCCACAAAGACGAUAUCAAGACCAUACUGAAGGACCUCAACAGCUAUCUAGAAGACAAGGUUUACCUGGCAGGAAAUCAGUUCACCCUCGCCGACACACUCAUGUACUACGGAAUCCAUCACAUCAUCGUGGACCUGGCCAUCCAGGAGAAGGAGAAGCACAUGAAUGUGACACGGUGGUUUGAUCAAGUCCAGCACUACACCGGUGUCCGGCACCACCUACCCCCAGUGGUGGUCCUGAGGAACAGAGUGUACACCAGCGGCCACCACUGAGUUCUUAGGCUGGCUGCCAGGAUGGCCGAGGGCCAGCGUGAGGAGUACACAGGCGUGUGCUGACGUCUCAACCUACCUAACACCACUGUGGCCCCCUCCCUCUUUUGCCUUGGAGACAUGUGGUUAUUUUUCCCUCGGAAACCCCAGGCGAAAAACACACGCAAUGGAGAAAUGAUCACAAAGAGAUGGAUGGUUUGUUUUUGUGUGAGUUGGGUGUUGGGAGUCUGUGUUUUGUCUAUUGUCGUCAGGGUCAAUGUGCAGGGAUAGUCUGAAACAGGUGGGGUCGUCAGGGUCAAUGUGCAGGGAUAGUCUGAAACAGGUGGGGUCGUCAGGGUCAAUGUGCAGGGAUAGUCUGAAACAGGUGGGGUCGUCAGGGUCAAUGUGCAGGGAUAGUCUGAAACAGGUGGGGUCGUCAGGGUCAAUGUGCAGGGAUAGUCUGAAACAGGUGGGGUCGUCAGGGUCAAUGUGCAGGGAUAGUCUGAAACAGGUGGGGUCGUCAGGGUCAAUGUGCAGGGAUAGUCUGAAACAGGUGGCCUGAGAGCAUUCUUGCUGAUGCUUCUUUUUUCUCGUAGCCUGAGCCUUGAAUGUGAAAAAGUAUUAUUAAAAAUGACAAUUGAC